GGGUCAGUGCUGCCCCGGGCACUCCUGGCUCCCGAUCUACAAGAGGGCCCGACGGUACUGAGCGGCUGUGGUAGCUCCCAAGUGUAGGUCACAGACUCACACCAUUGUAGAGAAACCGGAGAUACUUAGGAUCCCCGUGCCCCGUUGGCUCCCUGCGGUGUUCUGGCUGCCUCUAGCAUCCGAGCUCCAGGGGCAUCCUGUUUGAAGGAUGAGGAUGAGCCGACCACACAGGUUUACAUGUGACUAGCACGGCCAGAGGAGCAUCCCUACUGAGGGAUACCCAGCCCCGUUACCCGGUAGGGCAAGGGCCUGGGCAGCUCAGGAGCAGCAAGCCCAUAAGAGAGGCUUUAGUGUGGGCCCUGCCAGUUGGGUCUGGGGCCUGCUAGCCCCGCCCCACGCAUGCCGGGGGCUGCUGCCUCCUCCAUCGUGGAGGGGGAGGUGUGCCCUCUCUCCCCAGGACCGGCUGCAGUUCCCAUUUUGUCUCAGAUGUUAUACCUGGCGUGGGGGCACCUCACACUGCCCCAGAGGAUGCCCCUGAGGAGGAGUUGGGCGGAGGAGAGGAGCGGGGGUGGCCCCCUUGGAGCCCUUUUGGAGCUCUGGCUGCAGUCCACGCUUCUGCUCAGAAAGUGCGCUUCCGUUGGGGAUCCAGGUCCAAGGCCUGCCACCGUCCCGCCCACAGGUGUCCUGACCCAGGCUAAGCGUGAGCAUGGCUGAGCAGGAGCCCACAGCCGAGCAGCUGGCCCAGAUUGCAGCAGAGAACGAGGAAGACGAGCACUCGGUCAACUACAAGCCCCCGGCCCAGAAGAGCAUCCAGGAGAUCCAGGAGCUGGACAAGGACGACGAGAGCCUGCGAAAGUACAAGGAGGCCCUGCUGGGCCGCGUGGCCGUUUCGGCAGACCCCAACGUCCCCAACGUCGUCGUGACUGGCCUGACCCUGGUGUGCAGCUCGGCCCCGGGCCCCCUGGAGCUGGACCUGACAGGUGACCUGGAGAGCUUCAAGAAGCAGUCGUUCGUGCUGAAAGAGGGUGUAGAGUACCGGAUAAAAAUCUCUUUCCGGGUUAACAGAGAGAUCGUGUCCGGCAUGAAGUACAUCCAGCACACGUACAGGAAAGGCGUCAAGAUUGACAAGACUGACUACAUGGUGGGCAGCUAUGGGCCUCGGGCCGAGGAGUACGAGUUCCUGACCCCCGUGGAGGAGGCACCCAAGGGUAUGCUGGCCCGGGGCAGCUACAGCAUCAAGUCCCGCUUCACAGACGACGACAAGACCGACCACCUGUCCUGGGAGUGGAAUCUCACCAUCAAGAAGGACUGGAAGGACUGAGCCCAGCCAGAGGCAGGCAGGGCAGACGGACGGACGGACGACGGACAGGCGGAUGUGUCCCCCCAGCCCCUCCCCUCCCCGUACCAAAGUGCUGACAGGCCCUCCGUGCCCCUCCCACCCUGGUCCGCCUCCCUGGCCUGGCUCAACCGAGUGCCUCCGACCCCCCUCCUCGACCCUCCCCCGCCCACAGGCCCAGCCUCCUCGGUGGUCUUGUGUGUCGUUGCUGCUUCUGCCUGUGCUGUGGGGGAAGAGAGGCCCCAGCCAGGCCUCUGCUGCCCUUUCCGUGCCCCCCAGGUUCUAUCUCCCUGUCACACCUGAGGCCUGGCUUAAGGAAGGAGCGGAGCAGCCAUUCUCCAGGCCCCGUGGUUGCCCCAAACGUGUGCGUUUGCUGCUCCGUGGUGGAGCUGGGGUGUGGGAUGCAGGGUCUUGUGGGGGCCGGGCCAUCCUCCAGCCCUGCUGCUCCCUGGCCAGCCCCUUUGUCGCUGUCAGUCCCGUCUAACCAUGAUGCCUUAACAUGUGGAGUGUGCCGUGGGGCCUCACUAGCCUCUAACUCCCUGUGUCUGCAUGAGCAUGUGGCCUCCCCGUCCCUUCCCCGGUGGCAAACCCAGUGACCCAGGGACAUGUGGGGUGUGCUGCUGCUGCUCCCCAGCCCACCAGUGCCUGGCCAGCCUGCCCCCUCCCAUGGCCAGGACUGUGGAGAUGGCUCCAGCGGCUUGGGGAAAGCCAAAUUGCCAAAACUCAAGUCACCUCAGUACCAUCCAGGAGGCUGGGUGUUGUCCUGCCUCUGCCUUUUCUGUCUCAGCGGACAGCGCCCAGAACCCACCCCCUAGAGAGCCGUCAAUGGACAGCCUCACUCACCCCACCUGGGCCCAGCCAGGAGCCCUGCCUGGCCAUCAGUAUUUAUUGCCUCCGUCCGCGCUGUCCCUGGGCCGCUGGCCUGCCGCCUGUUUCCCCAGGCUCUCGGUGCCACCACCCCCAGCAGGCCCUCCCUGACCCAGCCAAGAACAAACAAGGGACCAAGUGCACACAUUGCUGAGAGCUGUCUCCUGUGCCUCCCCGACCCCGUCCCUGGUCUUCAUGUUGUGUCUGCCAGGCUCAGGCAGAGGCACCUGUCCCUGCUUCUCCUUUUCUGACCGGGAAAUAAAUGCCCCUGAAGGAGC